AUGUCUAGUUCCAAGAAAUUGAGCGAUCAAGAGUUGACUGCCAAGUUUAACAGCAUGAAGUCCGAUUUGCACAAUCUUGCACAGAAGAUCGGGGAGCUUGAAGGCGAGACUGAAGAACACAAAGCAGUAAUAGAAACGCUCUCUCCAUUGAAUGGUGACAGGAAAUGUUUUCGACUAGUCGGAGGCGUUCUUGUCGAGCGCACUGUUAAAGACGUCUUGCCCGCUUUAAAGACAAACCAAGAAGGGAUCAAACGAGUAAUGGAUCAAUUAAUCAAAACUUAUAAAGAGAAAGAAGACGAAUUCGCAGCUUUUCAGAAAGAGUAUAAUAUCAAGUUGGUUCCAAGGACAUAA